UAUAGUCAACUAAUGCAACAAACGAGUUACCAUGACAACCGAGGUGAGUGUGGGUAAUUGCUAAUUCAUGUAUCCUUGAGGGCACUGUGUACAUCUUCUCGACAUUUUUCAUUAUUUUGACUCGCAAGCGACACAUUGAUAUCGACUAGUUUUUGAGGGUCGGUUCGUGUUCAUUAGUAGUCUUACUGAGAAAGGCACAGGCACCGACUAGUUUUCAUGCCAGUUUGAUCCGAGUAUUACUUCGAUUGAGUGGAACCAACAUUUGGGAAUCUUUGCUGUGUGGCAAGGAGGACAUUCUUGCGUUGUAAACAAUUUAGAGACGUAUGGAAUUGACAUUGGGGGCCAUGUUUAAGCUUUGUAUUCUGCAAUGGUUGCCAAUUUGGGGUUUUCUGGCUGCGUCGAUAUCGGCUGCAAAUAUGAUGCGAUGCCCAGGCCCUGGAUGGCAGCUGUGGAAGGGUUCAUGCUACGUUCUCACCGAUAAGACCAGCACCUGGCAAGAAGGCAAGUCGGCAUGCAGGUCAAUGGGCGGCCGUAUGGCUGCUCCACGGUCUUCAGAAGAGAACGACUUCUUCGUAUCUCUGGCUGGCCCGGGGGGGAAAGUCUGGAUCGCCUGCAAAUUCAACACGGCGGUAGCAGGGGGUCAGUUAGCAUGUGAGGGGGUGGAGGCAGAAUUUACCAAGUGGCACAAUGGGGAACCCAACAACGACUCGGAAGAGUGUGUACUGCUGAAAGCCAUAUCGUCUGGAACCUGGUUCGACUAUUCCUGUCAGAACCCGUACCCAUCUGUCUGCAAGAAGAGAGCUGCAAAGCCUAGCCGCGACCUGGUCUGUUAUGAAGUGGGUGAAAACGGGCGUCUGGUGGGGACAGCAUAGGAUGGCGGUGGCUUUACCUUGUUCCCCUAAACAGAAAGAAGCUACACUCUAACUGUGAGAGCCAGCUGAACAUUCUCUUGAAACAUUACAAUGUAGUUCUUUUCCGGCAGCAAGAGCCAGGACAAGACUAGGUUUUACCUAGUUGUGCCGGACCCGAAAGCCUCGUUUUAAAACAUUAUACAUGAACCCAGUCACUGUGACUCAGUCAGAGUGACCAGCCAGUGAGACAGUCAGCGACUCAGCCAGCCGGAGAAUCAGUCCGUCAGUCAGACAAUCAAAAACACAAAGG